CGAUAUACCAUAAACAAAAACAACGCAGACAAACAAAAACAAGCGGAAAAUGUCGCAGGCUAAUAAAUUUGUUAAUAUGGAUAUAUUUUCCAAUUAUCAAAAGUAUAUUGAUAACGAGCAGGAGGUGCGAGAGAACAUACGCCUCGUUGUACGUGAGAUUGAGCAACUUGCUAAAGAUGCAACAAUUAGGCUGCAGAUUAUUCACUCGGAUCUGUCUCAAAUAAGCAGUGCUUGUGGCCUGGCCAGGAAGCAGAUCGAAGCCUGUGCCGAGAAAUACGAAAAGUUAUCCGCUUUGGUUCGUCCGGGGCAAUAUUAUAGAUAUUCAGAUCAUUGGACUUAUAUUACUCAGCGUUUGAUUUUUUUGAUUGCUUUGGUCGUAUAUUUGGAGGCGGGCUUUUUGGUAACUCGGGAAACUGUGGCCGAAAUGCUUGGCUUGAAAACUAAUCAAGUGGAUGGAUUUCAUUUGGAUAUAGAAGACUAUUUGCUGGGCAUUUUGCUACUGGCAUCAGAGCUCUCACGUUUCGCAACCAAUUCCGUGACAAUGGGCGACUAUGAGCGUCCAUUGAACAUUUCCCAUUUCAUUGGAGAUUUGAAUACAGGAUUCCGUUUACUAAAUCUUAAGAAUGAUGGCCUACGCAAGCGUUUCGAUGCUCUUAAAUAUGAUGUGAAGAAAAUUGAAGAAGUUGUCUAUGACGUUAGCAUACGUGGGCUAUCAACAAGCAAAGAUAAGGAGCCAGUGGAGACAGAGCCAAUGGAAUAAUCCUAAUUCAAUUGGAGUAGGUUAAGAUCGUAGACCUUAUAAGUGAAACAAUCACAUUGAAAGUGCAUUUCGUUUAAUA